CUGCUUCAAGAUGAUCUGGGUGUGGCUAACCUAGCUAGCUUAUCUCCCUAAUUACAGUAACUAUAACCAUCUAGUUCUGUAUCAUCGUCAGCAAUACGAAAAAUGCCAGUCAGAACGGCAAAGCAAAUGAAGCCCACUUUAAAAGUGACGAAGUCGAGGACGCCGAAUCAGUCGACAUCUGGGGUGCUCCGCGUAAACCAAAGCGCUACGAAUACGAGGAGUGUAAAUAGCUCUGUACACCGAAAGAGCUUCACUUUAGCAGGGGAUAGUAAAGUUCUCGACAAAGGGUCUGUUCAGACCCACAAACAAACAGUACAGGUUUUUGAUGAAACAGGGAAGGAUGUCACACCUCAGCCUCUGUACCAACCAGAAGCUGGAGCUUUGCAACCCAAACAAAGCAAAAUCUUCACGAACCAUGACACUUCGGGGAGUACCCUCUCUGACUUCCUGUCCACAGCCUACCAAACCACCAAUGCAAGCUUUGCAGCACCAUUUACAAGGUCUGUUUUUGGGAGCAGCUCAGUAUCUAGAUCGAGCCAGUCUACAAUGGAAUCUAUGAAUGAUGAAAUUGAGGAUCCAUCUUCAAAAAAGGAUAUCUCCCUUAGUCUUUCAGAUGUCCAGGUGCGGCGAGAGGAGAUAAAAGAGCAGAUCAAGGAGCACAUGUUGGACUGCAUGGUAGACUGCUACCUCACCGAGACCGAGACCAUCUGGCUGUUGGACAUGCCUGCAUUGUCUGUGUCUAUGGACUCUGAGGAGGCUGAAGUGGUCAAGGGAAGGAACAUGGCAUACCAAGAACUUUGCAAAAACAGGCUGGGCAAUGAUAAAUACAUGGAGCGCCCAAUGCAGACCUUUAACGGGGCACCCAAAGCUAAAGAAGUCCAGAGCGAUAGCAUCUCUAUGGUGGAAAAAGCUACCAUGGCCACCCACUGGGACAUAUAUGACUCAUAUGUAAGUGAUGGCGGGGCAGGCAAUGCUGCAGAUGGAGCGAGCCCCACCAAGCUGGACAUCUCCACCCUUCAUCGCGUCCAUUCAUCCAGACCUCUUGACAGAACCAUGUCUGGAGCCAGUGCCAUCAGCACAGCUAGUACUUCCAGCUCCCGAAUAGACACAGAGGCCUUUGUGGUUCAGGGUGAGAAUGAAUCUGACCCAGAGGAUGUCCUGCACUCUGAGAAGUUCCUACAGGAUCUGCUGGUAAUGGAGAGGGCAGUUCUAGAGAAUAUCUACCAGCCAAAACUUGCUGCUUACAGACAGCUGCCAAUACUGCCAGACCCAAACAGAGAGCAGAAGGCCGGAGAUGAGAGAGAUGGCCAAGAUGAUGUCUCUCUCAACCCAGCCCUGGAGCGCCUCUGGGCCUUCAACUGUGAGCUUACCAUGGGCCGCAAUGUCAGCAACAUGGCCUGGAAUAAGAAAAAUCCAGACCUUCUGGCUGUGGGAUAUGGGCAGUUUGACUUCAAAGAUCAGAAAUCUGGGCUAGUCUGCUGCUGGUCUUUGAAGAACCCUACCUGGCCCGAGCGGAUCUUUCACUGCGAGAGCGGUGUCACUGCCCUAGACUUCUCAACCUGCAGUCCCAGUCAGUUGGCAGUGGGCAUGCAUGAUGGCAGCAUUGCCAUCUACAAUGUGCAGAGCACAGAGAAAACACCAGUGAUUGACAGCAGUGAUUGUGCUCACAAGCACACGGGUCCAGUGUGGCAGGUGCGGUGGGUUGAAAAUGAGCACGGCCCAGGAGGAGAGGACAAACGCGAGACACUGAUCUCUGUGUCUGCCGACGGGAGGAUCAGCAAGUGGUUUCUCCGUAAAGGCCUUGAUGGCAUCGAUCUGAUGAAGCUGAAGAGGAUGAGGAGUGUGAGGAAGCACCUGGGAGUGAAGGAGAGGAAGAUUGAAGCUUUGAUCUCUCGCCAUGCAUCUGGCCUGUGCUUCCAUUUCCACAACAAUGAUUCGAAUAUCUAUUUGGUUGGGACAGAAGAUGGCCUAAUUCACAAGUGCUCCUGCUCAUACAAUGAGCAGUUCCUGGGGACCUAUACGGCACACAUAGGUCCUGUGUAUAAGAUCACGUGGUCACCCUUGUGUCCAGAUGUGUUCCUGAGCUGCUCUGCUGACUGGACCAUUCAGCUUUGGAGGCAGGAUCUCUUCACACCUAUUCUGGGCUUCACCUCCACCCACAAGGCUGUGCAUGACAUAGAAUGGUCGCCUAGGUGGGCCACCGUGUUUGGGGCAGUGAACGAGGGCAGGCUGGAGAUCUGGGACCUGGGAUCAAGCAUUCUGGAUCCAAUCAUAGUGAGCAUGGCCCGUCCAGGGGUGAAGCUCACCUCUCUGCUGUUUGCCACGCAGACGGACUGUGUGCUGGUCGGGGAUAGUGGGGGCCAAGUCAGCGUUUACAAACUGAAGAACCUCAAUGCAGGAGAAGGCAAAGAGGUGAACACUUUGCAUGACAUUAUCAGGUCCACACUGGCCAGUCAGCUCUGAGACAGGGAUACGCUGUGCACCUGAUAGGCUGGACCUGCUCCACUCCAUCAUCAUGCUGACAGUAAUAUCCAUGAUUCAUCAGACUCAGUGACUCCAUAAUAACAAUGAGAUUUACAGCAGACUGGGCCUGUCUAGAAGGACCUCCAGCUUUCUUGUAUAAGGGAAAGAGACAUAUUUUCAAAACGGUUUCACCUGCCAGAAAUGGUUCUGACUGACAGUAGGUCACAGUUGAUAGUGUGUCUGAACCACUAUGUAACCACCAUGCCUGUGCAUUUAAAACAGCUACUUAUCAUAAGUGUUUAUGCCCUAUUUUCUGAGUGACUAAGACAAUAAAGAAAGAGGAAAAAACACAA